UUCUGUUUGAUGAUAUCAAUUUUGCGAGCGGCAGGAAUAGGCCACACGCAACGGAAAGAGGACACACACGUCCAAGAUGAGCCAGUUGUCAAUCGAGCAGAAGGGACCAAUGGUGGUUUUGGCCGGCAAUUCCCACCCAGAACUUUCUAAUCUCAUCAUAGGUCGUCUUGGAAUCAAAAAGGGUGAUAUGGUGGCAUAUAGGAAAGCUGACAGAGAGACAGUGGUUGAGAUCAAGGAAUCCGUCCGAGGAAAGGAUGUGUAUAUCAUCCAAACAGGAACCAAAGAUGUGAACACUGAUAUCAUGGAGAUGCUGAUAAUAGCCUAUGCUUGUAAAACAGCUUCGGCCAGAUGUAUUGUUGGAGUUAUCCCUUAUCUACCAUACUCUAAACAGAGCAAGAUGAGGAAGAGAGGCUGCAUAGCCUCAAAGUUGAUCGCCACAAUGAUCAGCAGAUCAGGAAUGACACACAUUAUCACCAUGGAUUUGCAUCAGAAGGAGAUUCAGGGUUACUUUAAUGUACCAGUGGAUAAUCUGCGGGCGUCACCUUUUCUCAUGGAGUAUGUUGUCAAAGAGAUCCCAGAUUACAGAAAUGCUGUAAUUGUGGCACGCAACCCUAACCAGGUGAAGCGGGCUACAUCGUACGCUGAGCGUCUUCGUCUGUCCAUUGCUGUCAUUCAUGGGGAGGAGCCGGUUGAAACAGAAGAGGAUGAUGGGAGACAUUCCCCACCAUUGCACGAACAUGAGACGGAUGAAAGACGAGCGGAGUGGGGGAUUGAAAUCAUGCCCUUUUUGAAGGCCAAGGAAAAGCCGCCAUUAAACGUGGUGGGAGAUGUAGGAGGAAGAAUAGCCAUCAUAGUGGAGGACCUUGUGGAUGAUGUCUUGUCAUUUGUCAAAGUGGCUGAAGUGUUACGGGACAGAGGCGCAUAUAAGAUCUAUGUGAUGGCUACCCACGGUCUCUUGUCAUCGGAUGCUCCCAGGCUCAUUGAGAAUUCAGCUAUUGAUGAGGUUGUGGUCACAAAUACCGUACCCCACGAAGUGCAGAAGAUGCAGUGCCAGAAGAUAAAGACCGUAGACAUCAGUAUCAUGCUGACGGAGGCAAUACGGCGCAUACACUACGGGGAAUCUAUGUCGUAUCUGUUCAGGAACAUUGGAAUGGAUGACUGACCUGUUUAUCCAGCACUAACCCAUGCAUGUGCCAUAUCAUUUGACUGCCCAGAAGGAAUGACUUUGAAUGAUCACUUUGGUUCUCCUUAUUGCAUGGUCAGACAUUUUUUUUUCUGAGUGCAUUGCUUCAUUUAACUGUUUCCCACUGUUCUGAGUAUUGCCAUCUCACUUAAUGUGUAUAUUAAUUGAAUGAAUCAUGUUUUGAUGUUGAGUGUUUCUUAAUCGUAGAGCAAGAUGAUGAUGUUCAAACCUCAGAAAAUAAAAAUAUGAAAGAGAGCAAGUCUCAGUAAAUGCAAAGCUUACUCCAUCAUCUUAAAUUCAGUAUCCCUUUUUGAUUUAUUACCUUGUUUAAAGAUUGAUUUGCUUCAAGUUUCACAUACAUUUAUAAUGUUUUGUCUAAAUUUACAUUUUUUGAUGUGAUUGUUGACAAAUUGUCAUUUUGUCUGUUUUGUUAAUGCAAAAACAUGCUAUGUACUUAAACCAGGGCAUUGUCAAAUCAGAGUCAUGUCUUCCAUUUCGACAAAUCUGAUUUUUACAUAACUAUCUAGCUUUUGCGCUGGUGAUUUGGUGUUUAAGUACUGGCUUUAAUACUGACCAUAAGAAAGAAGCAUUUUAUUCAGUCCCUAAAAGUGUAACAUAAUCAGCUGCAUGUAUAUUUACAGGAUGUGGAUUAUUUGUCAUCAGUUGUACCCGACAUGUAAAAGGAGUAUUUUCUGAGCUGGCAAUUUCUUCACCGAAAAGGAAGACAAAACAAUUGUAAUGUGUAUGUAAGACGUAAUGGUAGAAAAAUCUGAACAUUCCAGUAAGAAAAUGUCACAUGAUGGUAAUACUCUAGGGGUCCAGAUUUAGUCCAGUAGUUCAGUCUGAGUUUUUUCUUAUCUCGUACCCCCUGACCAAGGUUACAAUACGUUUUUCACAGCUAUCAUGACCAUGUUUUACGUACAUGUAGCUGGUGAUGUUUCAAGAUUUUCUGCUGUGUUUAUUAAUAAUCCCAACUACUGUAUAAAAUAUAUAAUUACAUGUACACCAAAUAGGAACAUUUAAAUGAGGUAAAUUAUCCUUUACCCAUCUACUGGAUCCAUUACAUUUUCUUUUCACCUUGCAUUUCAUGCUGUAUUGUCAAGUCUGUUAGAAAUGAUUAUACCAACACCCUUUUCUAUAUGUGCUAGACAAUGAAAUGGUACAUGCUUUGUUUCUUUGAAAUAGGAACAUGUGUUUAUAUUAUAUUAAUAAUUAGGGUGUAUCAGUUUCAUCUCUGCAGUUCUUUUUUCAUUCCUGUAUAAUCAUUUUCUCAGUGAUUCUCCAUGUUUUAUUUUGAUGACUUUUUUAAGGAGGGAUGGAAAUUGGAAAUCACAUACUGUCUUCAUAUGGUAAUGAGAUCAUGAUAUAUAAAGAUCGUCUAUCAUUUACAAAAGGCUGCAUGAAAUAUAACUGUAAAACUAUAUGUACCGGUACUUUGUAUGUGUCUCCAAUACAUUAUAUGGUCAGGGGCAAAGUAAUGAACGCUCUAAAUGUCAGAGGCCUGGUUUAGAGAUUUUCAUGCAUACCAGUACAAGUAGAUACCUUAAUGACAAGAUGAGAAAGAAUCAACUUUGCUCUAUUUGUUGAUGUAACACAAUUCACUGGCUUAGUGGUUUGGAAGCUAAGAACGAUGAUGUUACGAAUCUCUGUGAAACACUAAUCUCUGUUUUCUCUUUUUCAAAUAAAACAUAGAAAUAACCAGCCUU